AUGUUUGGGCUACGAAUGUGCAAGCGAAACAGACUUAGUUUUAUCCGUGCACUUGUUAUACUAAUAUGUCUUUGUGUGGUGGUUUUAUUGCUGAAAAAUGCUGGGAAUUCUAGGGUUGAGAACUUAGAACUUGAUGAUAUAUUUACAAAAGAAGCUGUACUUUAUAAUAGACAGACUACCAAAGGAAACGAUAUAGUUCCCAGGAAAGAGACUGCGUCAAUCAAUGCUAAACCUGUUCAAUUGAACAAUAUUAAACCUAUUCAAUCGAACAAUAUUAAACCUAUUCAAUCGAACAAUAAUAAACCAAUCGCAAAGCUGGAUAAAUACGGCAACUUGGCAGACUUACGAGAAACGGUGAAGUUUUUGAACAGCAAACAAUAUAUCCUAAACGUGCGUAAAUUCCCUAAAAGAAGUAAAGAUAGUGUCGUUAUCGUGGUUCAAGUUCACAAACGUUCAAACUAUUUACUGAAACUUAUUGACUCGCUCCGAAAGGCGAAAGGGAUUUCAGACGCUCUGCUUAUAAUAAGCCAUGAUUAUUACGCUUCUGAAAUAAACAACAUAAUACAAGGUAUCGAUUUCUGUCAAGUCCUGCAGAUUUUCUUUCCAUAUUCUGAACAACUUUACCCGGAUAAAUUCCCAGGGUCGGACCCUAACGAUUGUCCGAGGGACAUGUCAAGAUCUCAGGCCCGUGCAAUGGGGUGCAUAAAUGCCGAACAUCCAGAUAAGUAUGGUCACUACCGAGAAGUUAAGUUCACCAUGACCAAACACCAUUGGUGGUGGAAAGCCAACAGAGUUUUCAAAGAACUUCAGGCAACCAAAAACCACAAUGGUUUGGUUUUAUUACUAGAAGAAGACCACUGCGUUGCACCUGAUUUUUAUGAAGUGCUAAAGAAAGCUUAUCAUGUAAAGAAGACAGACACCAAAUGUCAGGAAUACGGUUGUAAUAUUAUAACACUCGGUGAUUAUAAAACCGUUACAAAUUUUCAGACUGUUGGUAGCCAAGUGUUACAAAUUCAACCCUGGCGAUCGACAGAGAAUAACAUGGGGAUGGCAUUUGAUCGAGAGAUGUGGACGGAUAUCACAAAAUGUAGGGAAAUGUUUUGUACCUAUGAUGAUUACAAUUGGGACUGGACUCUCAUGAGAAUAAGUUUACGAUGUUUACAAAAGCAGUUAACAGUUCUACUUUUCCUUGCGCCUCGUGUGUUUCAUCUUGGGACGUGUGGUUUACAUCACAAAGACAGAGACUGCAACAUUCAGACCGUACUGGCUCAAGUGCAAGAGGUGAUAGAUCGAAGCAAAGCUGUGCUAGACCCUGCGAGUUUGGAAAUUGAAGUAGCGCGCCCAUGGAUUCCAGGACAUAUUGGUCAGGCAAAUGGCGGCUGGGGAGACACCAGGGAUCAUGAAUUGUGUCUCAAUUUUACUAAAUCUACAGAUUGA